ACAGCGUUUGAGCCACCUUGAAUGAGAAACAGGGGUAACUAGGCAACUUCAACGGCAGUAAAAAAAAAAAAGAAGAAAAGAAGAUAUGGUCCAUGAAGCGCCGAAAUUGUAACAUUGUCGAAAAUUGAGAGGUGACCCAAUGUGAUUUGUUAACAGUGCGUGGCUGGCAAAUGGAAUUAACGAGUGGAUUUCUUUUCUUAGAAGGUAAAACAGAGCGCGAAAAUGAACGGGAACCUGAUUUGGAUUAAAACGGUUGAAUUUGGCAUUCCAGAAUAGCCGACAUAUGAAAGGUGCUACUCGAAGGAGGGACAGAGAUAUACAACAUGAGGACAAUCUCUGAAGUAUCCUACCAAAGAGGCAUGCCCCUACUCAACCUGGCCUAAGGAAUAUAACAGUACCACCACAACCCAUGCGUUCCCUUUGGGAGGAAGUAUUCACCAAUCACUAGGCGGGAACUGCACUAAAGAGCAAUAGAGGGACCAUGUAAUACUUGACCUUCUUUGAGGGACAUUUUAGCCGCCAUGUUAGAACUAGUCUAAAGCAUUCGAGAGGGCCACUCCAAGAUCUGCCUCUUCAUCAGCUCUGAGAGAUCACUCAGACACUCCCAGGAUGAGCCUACACUGAAGGAGAUCAGAACCCAUGGCUUUCUUCACUAAAUACCAUCACACUUCCCACAAUGGACAUGGAGGAGAGCUCCGUCCUAGACCUGGAGUAUAGGAAAUACUGGGCUCCGUCCUAGACCUGGAGUAUAGGGAAUAGUGGGCUCUGUCCUAGACCUGGAGUAUAGGGAAUAGUGGGCUCCGUCCUAGACCUGGAGUAUAGGGAAUAGUGGACUCCAUCCUAGACCUGGAGUAUAGGGAAUAGUGGACUCCGUCCUAGACCUGGAGUAUAGGGAAUAGUGGGCUCCGUCCUAGACCUGGAGUAUAGGGAAUAGUGGGCUCCGUCCUAGACCUGGAGUAUAGGGAAUAGUGGGCUCCGUCCUAGACCUGGAGUAUAGGGAAUAGUGGGCUCCAUCUUAGAAUUAGAGUAGGGGACAGUGGGUAGGGGGCUGUGAGGUAGUGGGCCAGUCCAUAGGAGGUAGGGGGGGUGUGAUAACCAUCCUGGAUUAGGGGAUAGGGGACUAGUCCAUAGGAGGUAGCAGAGGAGUGAUAACCCCAUGGUGGAUCUGCUGUGAGGAGGACUGAGGACAGGAAGGACCCGGGAGGAUGUCAUCAGCCGGAGGAGAGUCAGCCAGCUCGGAGCUCCAAGCAGGUGUCAAAACCAGCACUCUGAGACGGGAGUCCAGGAGGACUAAAGGUCAGGACCGCAGUGAGGCGGGGCUGAUUAAGCGUUUCCGUGGUGAUGGCGUGCGCUACAAGGCCAAGCUGAUUGGGAUUGAUGAGGUGACAGCGGCGCGCGGGGACAAGCUGUGCCAGGACUCCAUGAUGAAGCUCAAGGGAAUGGCUACGUCGGCGCGCUCCAAAGGAGAGCACAAGCAGAGAAUCUUCCUCACCAUCUCCUUCGGGGGGAUCAAGAUUUACGACGAGAGAUCAGGGGUUCUGCUGCAUCACCACUCGGUGCAUGAGAUCUCCUAUAUCGCCAAGGAUACCCGGGACCACCGGGCCUUCGGCUACGUCUGCGGGAAGGAGGGACACCACCGGUUCGUGGCCAUCAAGUCCGGCCAGUCGGCAGAGCCCCUGAUCAUUGACUUGCGUGACCUCUUCACACUCAUCUACGACAUCAAGCAGCGCGAGGAGAUGGAGAAGAAGGCCCAGAAGGACAAGCAUUGUGAGCAGGCCGUCUACCAGACCAUUCUGGAGGACGAGGUGGACGAUCCAGUUUACCAGUACAUUGUGUUUGAGGCUGGACAUGAGCCCCUCCGUGGCCACCAAUCAGAGGAGAGCGUUUACCAGGUCCCUACCGCUACCAGUCAGCAGAAGGGAGAAGGGAUCUAUGACGUCCCAAAACGCCAUUUCAUGACUAACAUCAACCACUUUGAUCUGUUCGGAGAUAUGUCCACUCCACCCUCGAUUCCCCCGUCCCCGGCCAACACUCUGGACCCCAGCAGGAGCCACCGCCAGCCUCAGCACCCCCCAGAGAUGUUCACCGGCCCCUUCAGCCCCACCUCUGUCCCCUCAGGGUACAUGACUAUGGGGCCAGUCCAGGCAGCUCAGUGGGCCCAGCAGGGACCCUUCGCUGGCCAGGCCCAGACCCUGGCCUUCGGGGUGCAAGGGCCCCUCCAGGUGACCCAGGUCCUCCCGGGGGGCCAGCCCGUCAUCUGGAGCCAGGCCAACAUCUUCCCUGCCACCCAGCAGCAGUGGGCCGCCAUGGCUGCCUACAUGCCUGCCCAGGCUGUGGGCGUGGGGGGCCACCACAUCCCCAUGAUGGUGCCCAUCACCACCGUAUGCCCCAGCCCCCAGGGGCCCCACAGUGACCUCUCCUCCACCCCCUCCUCGGCCAUCGCCAGUCCCCAGCAUCAGACGAUGGACCCCGUCCUGCUCCAGCAGCAGCAUAGCAUCGGUGGGGACUCUGACGGAGGCGAAGGCCCCUCUUCGUUGGGCCUUGUCAUGGUGGGCAGCAGGUGUGGCACACCCAGGCCGAUGAGCCCUACUUCAAUGGGUCUUGGUGCCGUGAGCAGGUGUGAGACGCCCGUUGGCCUUGUCAUGAUGGCGAGGUGCGAGACGCCCGGUCUAGUGAACGUGCCCCCUGACACCCUGGUCUGUAGCCAGCUGGGCCUGGGGUCAUCAUCUGCCGCAGCCCAGGAAGAGGAAGGCAGCUGUAGUGACCUUGACCUCUCUCGGAUGACCUUGAGUCCAGGCACGUCCACCUCGCCCUCCACUGACUCAGCGUCCACCCCAGCCCCCCAACCUGGCUCGACCUCAGACUCCGCCCCGUCCCAGACUAGUGAUCCCCCCACAGACCACUCCCCCAUCGAAACAGAGGCCACACACCCCAGCACCAGGGAGGAUGACUCGGGCUCAUGCACCAGGGCUCUGUCUCCCCGUCCUUCCAGCGAUGCUCCAGCUGACUGUCCACAGACACACACACACACACACACACACACACACACACACACACACACACACACACACACACACACACACACACACAGCGGAACACAUUGUUGUCUCGUCAGGUCUGUGCGUCCGUCUUAUUGGAGAUUUUUCAGAUCCACCACAACUACCAUGCUCUCUGUGUCCAUGUUGAAGCCUACAGUCAGCCCAGGCUACUGCCUCCUCUGUGCUGCAUUGUGCUUGCUCCUACUCCGUGAUGUCGCCAUAGCCGGCAGUGGCGAGGAGCCCAGUAGCGCCCGCGAGGCUCGGUCUGCGGGGCCUCAGGUCGCCGUGCAGCCGGUGGACUGUGUACAAUCAGAGUGGUCCUCCUGGACACGCUGCGAUGUCUGCAGGAAGAAGAGGUAUCGUUAUGCUAAGCUUGUCCAGCCAUCUCAGUUUGGCGGGGAGCCCUGUCAUGUCCAGGGCAAAGAGAUAGAGCCCUGUAGCCCUCCAUCUCGCUUCGACUGUACACAUGAAGAAACACCUCUGUGUGAAGGCUUCCUCUGCACUUACACAGGGCGAUGUGUGCCUAUAGACCUGCGCUGUAACGGGGAUGAUGACUGUGGGGACUGGUCCGAUGAGAAGGGCUGUCAGAAGGUGAACAAGGCCUGCAAGCAGGAGGCACAGGAGUACCAUGGCAUCGAGAACCUGGCCAAAGGAAUCAACAUACUGAACAGUAACUUAGAGGGAGUGGUCAUUGACAACAGAUACUACGCAGGCAGUUGCUUGCCUCACUACAUCCAGGACGUCAGGUUCAGGAAGCCUUAUAACCUGCAGCAGUACACACUGGAGACCAAAGGCACGUACGACUUCAAGCUGCAGUCUUUCGAGUCAUACUCUGAGUUUGUCCAUUACACCAUGACGGAGCGCAGUUCCAAGACCACGGUGUCCAUUGGCUUUGCCGUGCCGGGCGUGGCCGAGUUCGGCUUCAACUACGCUGACUCCAAAUACUCCAAGUCAGAGAAGAAAAUACGCCGCGCCUCUAGGAAGGAAAGCAGCUUUGUCCAGGCCAAGGCAGAGCUGCAACUGGCCCGAUACAUCCUGAAGUCAGAGGAUCUGAUGCUGCACCCGGAGUUCUUCCUGCGUCUUCGUGCCUUGCCCCAGUCCUACAACUACGGGGAGUACAGACAGAUCUACAGAGACUAUGGCACCCAUUACAUCACAGAGGCUACCCUGGGAGGAGACUACGAGUACACGGUCAUCCUGGACAAGGAAAAGCUGGAGAAGACAGAUUAUUCUCUGGAAGCCUACAAGAACUGUUUGCAGAUAGGUCUGAAGGUGGGGGCCAACAUCAAGGGAGUGUAUGUGACUGUGGGGGUCGAGGGAGGUGGUUGUGAUGGUCUGCUCAAUGAAAUGGGAGAGGACACAGUGAAAGGCAGCAUGGUGGAGGACUUUGUCGCGGUGGUUCGAGGGGGUGACAGUGAGUCCAUCACCUGGCUGGCUGCCAAGAAGCUGCCCACGCCACAACUGAUGAGACUGUGGGGAGAAGCCGUGCAUUACAACCCUGACUUCAUCCGCAGCGUGACGCGGCCACUAUAUGAACUGGUGACCGCCAGAGACUUCUCCAGCGCUAACUCCCUGAAAAAGAACCUGAGGAGAGCCCUGGCUGAAUACCUGGAGGAGAGCAGCUCUUGCCGCUGUGCCCCCUGCCACAACAACGGACUGGCUGUUCUCAAAGGCACCAGGUGUGAGUGUGUGUGUCCAUCUGGCUACAGUGGACUGGGUUGUGAGAUCACCCAACGACCAGAUAUAGGCAUAGACGGCAGCUGGAGCUGCUGGGGUUCGUGGUCACCCUGCACGGAGCGGUCUAAGACACGGAGCCGUCAGUGUAACAACCCUGCACCUAGCAGCGGAGGCAUAGCCUGCAGAGGACUCCAGAUGGAAACUACUGAUUGUUUCUGAUAUUGUCCCGGAAUCUUGAUUGAAAUAAAGAUAAUUCAUGUCACCCUUGGAAA